AUGGCGGGUGCAACAGCAAGUGGCGGCAACAGAACUUUCUCAAACUCUCCUCUCAUAGAAAACUCUGAUUCUAAUCAGAUUGUUGUCCCUGAGAAGAAGAGCUGGAAAAACUUCUUCUCAUACUUAGGCCCUGGAUUUCUUGUCUCGAUUGCUUACAUUGAUCCUGGAAACUGGGUUGAGACUGAUCUGCAAUCAGGAGCUCAAUACAAGUAUGAGUUACUUUGGAUCAUAUUGGUGGCAUCAUGUGCAGCUUUGGUGAUUCAAUCUCUCGCUGCAAAUCUCGGUGUUGUCACUGGAAAGCACUUAGCAGAGCAUUGCAGAACUGAAUACUCCAAAGUUCCAAACUUUAUGUUAUGGGUAGUUGCAGAAAUCACUGUAGUAGCUUGUGACAUUCCAGAAGUUUGUAAUGCCUCAGAUUUGAGUCCAGAAGAUCGAGAAAGUUGCCAAGAUUUGGACUUAAACAAAGCUUCAUUUCUGCUACGGAACGUUGUAGAUAAAUGGAGCUCAAAGCUAUUUGCAAUUGCGUUGCUUGCUUCCGGUCAGAGUUCAACAAUAACCGGAACAUAUGCUGGACAAUACGUUAUGCAGGGGUUUCUUGAUUUAAGACUAGAACCAUGGCUCAGAAACUUGCUAACAAGAUGCUUGGCUAUAAUCCCAAGUUUGAUCGUUUCUCUGAUAGGUGGCUCAGCUGGAGCCGGAAAGUUAAUCAUCAUUGCGUCGAUGAUCUUAUCCUUUGAACUCCCAUUUGCUUUAGUACCACUUCUCAAAUUCACAAGCAGCAAAACCAAAAUGGGCUCACACGCCAAUUCACUUGUGAUUUCAUCUGUGACUUGGAUCAUUGGUGGACUUAUUAUGGGUAUAAACAUUUACUAUCUAGUAAGCAGCUUCAUCAAGCUGCUUCUCCAUAGUCACAUGAACCUUGCAGCCAUUGUUUUCUUAGGACUUCUUGGAUUCUCAGGCAUUGCCAUUUACUUAGCAGCCAUUGGUUACCUUGUCCUCCGUAAAAACAGAGAGUCCACACAUUGUAAACAUGCAGUUACCUAAUAGAGUAGCCGUUACAAGAAACUCUAAUUGAAGAAUUAUAACAUUUCAGAUAGAAGAAACAAUGUUUACUUGUUGUGAUCUAUUACAUAGAAUAAAUAUGAAGUUGCUUA